UUCCUGCUGACGUCAUUAAAGACUCGCCCAAUCAGCAGUGCCUCAAGCAAUACAGUGACAGCAGUUCCUCGGCGACGGUGAUCAGUACGGUGCAGCUCGGUAUCCGCUCCGCUCGGCGUCAUGUCAACUCCCGCAGUUCCCAGCGAUGCCGGCACCGGCAACCGGCGCCUCCAACAGACUCAGGCUCAGGUGAACGAGGUGGUGGACAUCAUGAGAGUCAAUGUGGACAAAGUCUUGGAGAGGGAUCAGAAGUUGACUGACUUGGACGAUCGUGCAGAUGCGCUUCAAGCUGGAGCUUCCCAGUUUGAGACCAGCGCAGCCAGGCUAAAGAGAAAAUAUUGGUGGAAGAACUGCAAGAUGUGGGCAAUACUAAUAGCAGUUGUUGUGGUUAUCAUCAUCAUAAUUGUUGUGUGGAGCUUGUCGUGAGGCACCCAGAAAUCGGAGGAAAGUAGCUGAGGCCGGUUAACAAGCUGCAUUUCCCCCUCCAAAGUCUGCUGUAUUCAAGAGUUUCUAUAUUAUCAGAUCAUUAUAAAUCCUUUUUAUAUUAGUUUAGACUUAGUAUUUUGUCUCUUUCAGAGUUGAAGUGCCUUCACUGGGAUGUUGAACACUCUGUAUUUGUACAGUUUGCACUGUCUUAACACAACUUCAAGUGUCUUUAUUACUACAGUCCGAUCUUUUUGUUUU